GGACAGGACUACGAGCAGUGGCUGGAGAUCAAAGUUCUGCCCCCAGAGGACGUGGAGACCCGGGAGGUGGUGGAAAAGCUGGCCAGGUUCGUGGCUGAAGGGGGCCCCGAGUUAGAGAAGGUCGCUAUGGAGGACUACAAGGAUAAUCCGGCGUUUUCGUUUUUGCACGAUAAGAACAGCAGAGAAUUCCUUUACUACAGGAAGAAAGUGGCCGAGAUAAGAAAAGAGACUCAAAGCUCUCAGGCGUCCUCUUCCCAGAAAGACGACGAAGAGACGAGGAAUUCGGCGGAAAAGCUGGCCAAGUUUGUGGCAGCCGGGGGGCCCGAGGCGGAGGCAAUUGCCCUGCAGAACAACAGAGAGAACCCUGCUUUCAGGUUUUUGUAUGAGCCAAACAGCAAAGGCUACAAGUAUUACAGGCAGAAGCUGGAGGAGUUCCGGAAGGCCAAGGCCGGCCCUGGCUGUGCCCCUUUCCCUGGAGAGCCCAGCCUGAAAAGGAAAACCAGCCCCGAGGCCUCGCCCUCCCCUCUGUGCUUCCCCUCCCUGCCUCUGCCCCUUCCCGUGCCCAUUCCCUCCCCUCUGCCCCUUCCCGUGCCCGUCCCCUCCCCUCUGCCCCUUCCCCUGCCCGUGCCCUCCCCUCUGCCCGUGCCCUUGGCAGUGCCCCCAGCCCUCCCCGUGCCCUCCUCCCCCUCGCCAUCACCAUCCUCCUCCUCCACAACCCCCCCUGAGCAGACAGCCCCAAACCCAGCCCCAAACCCGGCCACCCCCGCGGCCGCUCCGGGCACCACCAAGAAGAAGCGGAAGAGCCGGUGGGGGCCGGAGGAGGACAAGGUGGAGCUGCCCCUGCCACAGCUGGUGCAGCAGCUGGACUCUCCCUCCCCUCUCUCAGUUCAGGACCUGAAGGGCCUUGGCUACGAGAAGGGGAAGCCCGUGGGGCUGGUGGGGGUCACCGAGCUCUCCGAGGCCCAGAAGAAGCAGCUGAAGGAGCAGCAGGAGAUGCAGCAGAUGUACGACAUGAUCAUGAAGCACAAACGGGCCAUGCAGGAGAUGCAGCUGAUGUGGGAAAAGGCCAUCCAGCAGCACCAGCACGGCUACGACAGCGACGAGGAGGUGGACAGCGAGCUGGGCACCUGGGAGCACCAGCUGAGGCGCAUGGAGAUGGACAAGACACGAGAGUGGGCCGAGCAGCUGACCCAGAUGGGCAGAGGGAAACAUUUCAUCGGGGAUUUCCUCCCGCCCGACGAGCUGGAGAAGUUCAUGGAGACCUUCAAGGCGCUGAAGGAGGGCCGGGAGCCGGAUUACUCGGAGUACAAGGAGUUCAAGCUGACCGUGGAGAACAUCGGCUACCAGAUGCUCAUGAAGAUGGGCUGGAAGGAAGGAGAGGGGCUGGGAUCAGAGGGGCAGGGCAUCAAGAACCCCGUCAGCAAGGGAACCACGGCCGUGGACGGGGCUGGAUUCGGGAUCGACCGCCCUGCUGAGCUCACCAAGGAGGACGACGAGUACGAGGCCUUCCGCAAGAGGAUGAUGUUGGCCUAUCGCUUCAGACCCAACCCCCUGAACAACCCACGGCGACCUUAUUACUGAGGAGGCUCCAGGGACGGGCCCUGGGAGAACAGUUUUGCUCCCUGACUGUGAAAUGUUACGGAACCGCUUCACCCAUCCCCUCUUUCCCGGUAUUGUCCCAACUCCCCGAGGCCACAGCACCCCCCUCAUCCCAGGGGAAAGGCCUGGGAGCCCUCCCAGGUGCCCCCACGGGGGCUGGGACGGGGGUUUUCGGGGAGGGAACGUGCAAGGGCAGCACCAAAGAUCCCACAGGGAGGAGUUCAGGGGACUCCCCAUCCGUGCUCCCGCCUUCCCAAGGAGCGUGGGGGUGGUUUUUUUGGGAUAACAGCUGGUCUUUCAUUGUCCAGACCCGAAGCUUGUGCUGCUCUGGGUUUUUGUUUUUCCCCUCGAUUUUGUGUUUUUCCCACCCAAGGGACUGUGUCCCCCCCCCAGAGCAGGGUCAGGGCGUUGUUCUGACGGUGCCAGAGGUCUGACCUCCAGCUGACAUUGCACCCCAGUGCCUCUGUUUUCCCUCUGCAUGGGGUGGCUCAUGGAUUCCAGGAUUUUAAAGGGGGUGCAGGGUGAGUUCACUCCACCCCAGGGGUCCCACCCCCCUCGUUUUCCGAGCACUACGUUCGUUCCCCCCCCCGGCACAACCAGAGACUUGCCAACAACACACCUCCCGUGCUCUGGAGGGGGAGGAAGAGGAACCAAACCCUCAACCACAGUUUGUCAAAGGCCAUUAAUUUGGGGUUUGUUGUCAUUUAAAAACAAACAAAAAAAAAACAAAAAACAAAAAACAAAACAAACCUCUUGGUCGAGUCUGUAAAUAAAAUAAAACUUGUUUGUUCCUUACUUUUAAUGGGAGGAUUUUCGGGAAGAGAGGGGCUCCUGUGGGUUUUCUCGGGUCGGGAGGUUGCUCUGGAGCUCUUUCUUCCAAGGAUUUUGGGGAAAACCAAGUUGGAGUGGGUUGAUUUGGUUCCUUCCCUGAACACUUUGGGAGGUGAUUGUGUUUGACUUCCCUUGACGACCUCGAGUCCAGGACUUGGCUGUCAAUAAAAACACCCCAAGAGGACCAUUCAGUGGGUUCAGGGGGGUUUUAUUCGGGG